AUGGAUCACAAACCCCCCUCCUCGCCCAUCAGCGUACCCACCGCCAUCGUACUCGGCCUCGUCGCAAGCUUCGUACAGAGCCUCGGCCUCACCAUACAGCGCAAGUCGCACCUUCAGAAUGAAGCCCUGCCCGCCGCACGCAGGCGCUCCGAGUGGAAGCGCCCCCUCUGGCUCAUCGGCUUCGCCAUCUUCCUCUGCGCAAACGUAGGCGGAACCGUAUUCCAGAUCGGCGCACUCCCCAUCGUCAUGCUCGCCCCGCUCGGCGCCGUCAGCCUCCUCUACAAUGCCCUCCUCGCCAGAUACCUCCUCAACGACUUUCUCUCGGCCUACAUGAUCGUCGGCACCGCCCUCAUCGCCACGGGGGCCGUGCUGAUUGGUUACUUUGGCGUCGUCCCCUCGACCGCACACGACCUCGACGAGCUCCUCGAACUCUACGGACGACCCACCUUUGUCGCCUUUGCCACCAUCUUCCUCUUCCUCUUCAUCGGCGUCCUCGCCGUGUCGCAUCUCGCCGAGUGGCAGCUCAACGCCCGGCUAGCGCGCACCACGUCUCCGCCGGCAAAGUCAAAGUCGAGGCGCCACCUCUCGCGGUCGCGGCUUCGGCGCAGGUGGUCUGCCCCUUCGCUGGCGCCCGUCGCAGAGGUCAGCGAGAGCAGCUCCGGCAUCGCCACGCCUGUGCUGGCCGUCGCAGAUGAAAUGGCAAGGCGGAGCGUGAUCCUCAGCGGCGCCGACAUCAAACCGCCGCCAUCGAGCCUCGCGCAGUCUCGGCAGCGCGACUACGGCGCCCUCGGCCACGGCAGCGCCGCCGCCGGGUCCAAGGGCAACGGUAACGGCAGCGGCAGCGCCAAGAAGCGCGGUCGGAGAAGUAGCGUCGAGGUGCCGCGGCUCGAAGCGAGAGAGGACCGAGAGCCGCUCGACCCCGAAAGCGUCAAAAAGACCAAGCUGAUGCUCGCCGUCGCCUACGGUGGCGCCAGCGGCACCAUGUCCGGCGCGUGCCUGCUGCUCGCCAAGAGCGGCGUUGAGCUGCUCAUGCUGUCGUUCUCGGGCCACAACCAGUUCGUGCGAUGGCAGAGCUGGAUGCUCAUCGCCGUGCUGCUCGGCGCGGCUCUACUGCAGCUUUGGUACCUCAACAAGGCGCUUAAGCUCGUGGAUCCGACCCUGGUUUGCCCGCUGGCAUUCUGCUUCUACAACACUUCGUCGAUCGCCCUCGGCCUCGUCUACUUUGACCAGCUCGGCGCGCUGGCGUGGUACGACAUCCUGGCUGUCGUCGUCGGCAUCUCGGUGCUGCUGGCCGGCGUGUGGAUCGUCAGCCUCCACGGCAGCAGCGAGGGCGACGGGCACGACACCGAAGAGACUGUCUCGCUGCUCUCUGCGACGAGCGUCCAUACCGCCUCGACGCCGACCGAGCGGCUGGAGCAGGCCGAGGGUCUGCUGGCCAACGCUGCCGGGAUCGCAGGCCCGCACCUGCCGUUUGACGCAUCGCCUUCGGCGGGCUGCCACAGCGACGCCGCGUCCGAGAUCUCGAUCGAUACCCAGCUGUCGAGCCCCGAGGCGGUCAACACGCAAAUCUUGCCCGUCUCGCCGACACACUCUCGAUACCCAUCGGCGGCGGAAUCACCGACAUCGUCGCCCUCCAAGAGCCCGGCGUCCAAGCGGCGCACCAGCAGCAGCUCGCGACGCAGACCGACAAUCACGCUCGACUUCCCGCUUCCAGAGAGCCUGUUCCACCCGUCAUCGCCGAUGCCGUCGGCGGAGCAGCGCGGUGCGGACGUCGAGAGGGGCGAGUCGGCGGCGCACGCAGAGGGAGGCGGUGGCGGUGGGGGCAAGCCGCGGUCGGCGUUCUACAACACCAUUGUCGAGCACGGCCUGAGCAUCGGCCUCAGUCCGAGCUCGCCGGGCUUCCAUCUGCAGCCUCGAUCGCCCUCGAAUCCGCGGAUGCCGGCGAGCCAGAGCGGACCGCUGUACGGGGCCCACGGCGCGAGGCGCAGACCGGGGCGGCAUCCGAGACGUGCCAUGUCGGAAGCGGACGCCUCGUCGCAUCCCGCCGCCGCUGCUGCUGCCCCGUAUACACCCGACAUUGAGGCGGGAGACGCGACGACGAGCGUUGCUGCCGGCGAAGAGGACGAGGCAGGAGAGGGGGACGACAAUGGGGCGUCGUCCGGAUUCGCCGUGGAGCCCGACCAGAGUCUACUGCGAAGGCGACUGGAACAGGUCAAGGCGCGGGGACGGAGCGACACGGCAUCGUGCUGCACCGUCUUCCUCCUCGAGAACGGGGACGACGACGACGACGACGACGACGGCAACGACGGCAAUAGGGCUCGGUCUACAAACCGACCAUCGUGA